GUCAGACGUUAAAACUUAAAAAAUAUCAUAUCCAACGUUUGAGAUACUCAAGAUACACAUUCCACGUUGUCAAUAUCAGAUCCAAAUUUUAUAGGUUAUUGAAAUUUUCUUCUAUUAUUGAAAUGAAAAACAAAUAUCAAAAGCAAAGCAAAUGAACCUAAUCACUGUUUAUUCUGUUCUGUCAUUUUUUUUGUUUUUUCCCAACUCAGCAAAUUAUACCUUUACGAAUUCCCCGGUGUUGACCUCACUCUUAUAAUUUGUAAUAUCUUUGUGCCCGAUUCGAUCAUCAUCAUCAUCAAUGGCGAGGAAGGCUGUUCUAAUCGGCUGCAACUAUCCGGGAACCAAGGCUGAGCUGAAAGGAUGCAUCAACGAUGUCCGUCGGAUGCGCAAAUGUUUGAUUGAAAGGUUCGGAUUUGCCGAUGAAGAUAUCACCGUCCUGAUCGACACUGAUGAUUCUUACAUUCAGCCCACCGGCCGUAAUAUCCGGAAAGCCCUUGCCGAUCUCGUGGGUUCUGCCAAUUCCGGAGAUUUCCUCUUUGUUCACUACAGUGGACAUGGUACCCGGCUUCCGGCUGAGACCGGCGAGGAUGAUGAUACCGGCUAUGACGAGUGUAUCGUCCCUUGUGAUAUGAAUCUCAUCACAGAUGAUGACUUCAGAGAUUUAGUUGAAAAGAUUCCAGAAGGUUGUCGUAUCACAAUUGUUUCAGACUCGUGCCACAGUGGAGGCUUAAUUGAUGAGGCCAAAGAACAGAUUGGGGAGAGCACUAAGAAAUAUUCAAAUGCUGAUCGAGAUGAGGGUCAAAGUCGGGACCGAGGUUUUGGAUUCCGGGAUUUUUUACAUAAAAAAGUAGAAGAUGCGCUGGAGUCCCGUGGUAUUCACGGAUUUAGUAGCCACCACCAGCGGGAGGAACAAGACGAAGAGGAAGCAGGUGGAGAUGGUGAUGGAAUCAAAAGCAAAUCAUUACCGCUCUCUACGCUCAUUGACAUACUUAAACAGAAAACUGGGAAGGAAGAUAUUGAUGUGGGGAAGCUGAGACCUACUCUGUUUGACAUCUUUGGAGACGAUGCAAGUCCAAAGGUGAAAAAGUUUAUGAAAGUAAUCAUGAAUAAACUCCAAGGGCAUGGAGUUGGAGGGGAGUCUAGUGGUGGUUUUAUGGGGAUGGUUGGGAAUUUGGCGCAGCAAUUUUUGGCACAGAAGCUGGAGGAGAAUGACGAGGGCUAUGCCAAACCUGCACUAGAAACACGAGUCGAGAGCAAGCAGGAGGUAUAUGCCGGCUCAACCAAAAGGGAACUGCCUGACAGUGGCAUUCUCAUUAGUGGUUGCCAAACUGAUCAAACAUCUGCAGAUGCUACCCCUCAAGGUAAUGCGAGCGAAUCUUAUGGCGCUCUAAGCAAUGCUAUUCAAAUCAUAAUCGCCCAGUCAGAUGGUGAAAUUACAAAUCAGGAGCUUGUAUUAAAGGCGAGGGAGUUAUUGAAACGACAAGGCUUCACUCAGCGACCUGGCCUUUAUUGCAGUGACCAUUAUGUCGAUGCUCCUUUCGUGUCUAGCACCUGAUACCCCAUCUAAUAUGAAGCAUGGUGUGCUACUAUGGUUAUGGGUGGCUUUAUUUUCUUUUCGGCUUGAGUGCAACGGAAACUGAGCUUUGUCUAUCUUUAACGUACACUUUACUCUAUUGCUGCAAUAUGGAAAAAAAUGCAUGUAGUAAAGAGUGAGUAUUGUCUUUGCUUGAUCUUUUUUUCUUUGACGUGUAAUUAUAUUGUGUUUGCUGUAUAAGCACUUGUAGCCGAGGCUUUGAUGAACAUAAUGAUGAAUCUGGUUAUUUGCUUGGUUCGGUUACUUUUUGGAGGAUGAACCCUUCUUUAUGCUGAAAUUCAGCACUGCAAUGUUAAAAGUGGAAUGUUUCAUAUGCCAUUCCACACUUACCUUUGGAUUCUUUUUCAUUUGAAUGGUAAACAAGUUUAUCUAAAAGGGACACACGGUAAGAAAAACUAUGUAGGGAAAACUUCAUGACAAUUAGAAUAAAG